CGCAGGACAUGUCGGAUGAGACGGAGAGCAAGAAAGGCUUCUGGAGGAAGCCCAGCAGCACAUUAUGGGCCGCUACAGCCGUGGUGACCACAUAUGGGGUCUGGUGUGUUUUGUUGUCCAUCCUGACGGCGACAGGACUCCUUCUGGGCAGCCAGAACAUCGAGUGCGGAGACUUUCUCGAGUUUGCACAAAGGCCGACAAAUGAGGCCAGACUCGUCUACAUCUGGGCGGGUGUCGGCGUUCCCGCCUGUCUCUUCAUACUGUUGGAGUUUUGGAGAAGACAUGGUCACUAUUUCAUACCGAGUCUUGGAGUGAGCACCGUCCUGGUCGUUCUCAUGGCUUGCACUUUGAACGAUCUCCACCAGAAAAACUACGAGUUCAAAUGCUGUGGAUUCGCCAGCUAUAGGGACUGGAGAGGUUCGAUUCCAGCCUCCUGUUCGUGUGCUGGGGAGCAUAACGGAUGUCUUGACCUUGGGAACAGCUUUAUUCACGACCAGCCCUGUCUUCCUGCAGUGUUAGCUCUUGUAGACAAACGCAGCUUCGCCUUUAACAUCAUCACGUACAUCUGGUUGAGCAUCUCUGCUAUUCCUGCGGUCGUCAUCCCCGUGUCCGUCAUUGGCUUAGUCUUCGUUUGUUUCUAUUGUUGUUAUCAAGAGUGUGAAUGUUCGUGUGAUUGCUUGAGAGAGAAAAGAGUUCCGGUGGUCUUCAUCGGAAAGAACAACAACAACAACCAAACAGACGAAGAAGAAGAAGACAGAAAAGAAGAAGGCAGUCCGGAUGGCGGUGUGGUCUUGGACAUGGCAGACGGGUGGAAUGAGGAAGGAGAAGAGGCGGUGCAGGUCAACGGGGUGACGCUGAUCCCCGUGUCUCUCCUGGCGAGGCUGCAGGCGGAGCUGGACCCCCCGCCGGUCCAACACUGGGUGACCAGCCAGCCUUGCCUCUGCAUCGAUCCGCCACUUCCCAAAAAGAAAGCAUUCCACACGGUCCUGAUAGAGGAAGGGUCGCCGCUUUUACCCAGCGGCGCUGUAGUGGUUGAUCUAAACAAACCCAUGCAAUUUUGUCGUUGGGACAGCAGACAUCAUGGAUUCGACUGCAGACAAAUUGUUUGGCCAAAGGCCAAAAUCACAGAGCCAAUAUCUCCCGUCCACUUACUGAGAAAGUCGCCCUCGCCUGAUCAGACUGAGGCUGAGAGCACUGUCCAGUUUGCUUAA